GCAGCCCGGAGGGGUGUCAGCUGGGGGGGUUGGUGUGCAGAACGGCGCAGCGUCACCGCCCUGUCCCCAGCGUAUGGGCCGGCGGGGGGGGUUGCAGCCUUCAUGGCAGGUACGCAACGGCCUUGGUGUUGAAGGGCUGGCACAUUGCACCUUCUGUCCUUGCAGCUGGAGCUUGCAGUUACCACAGAGUAAUUACCGUAGGUAAAGCAGACGCUUAGGACGCCUUGAGUUUUGGGGCUCUUGUGCUCUGCGUUUCACCCCUUUUAAUGGGAGGACCUGAGGAUUGCUACCUCGGGCCUGUGCCAAGGUGCCUUCUGAGAAGCUGCUGCUUUUCCCCUCUCUGCUGCUCUUUACUUCUUGAACUUGGCAAUUUCUGUUACUUCCAUAAUAAUCUUUAAAAUCUAAAUUGUUACCCCGGUUUGAGAAAACCAUGUGAAUGUGCUUGAGCUCCAUUUGUACUUGGGUGGUGUAUGUCACAAGAAUUCGUGUGGUUAGGUAUCUUAACUAUUUUUGCAUUUUUCCUCCCCGUCACAAACAGAACAUUCUACACAUCAAUAUACAGAAAAAAUACAAGAUACUGUAAGCGAAAAAUUUGACUGUCAGGGAACUUGCGAUUCUAGAGGAAACGGGGUACGGAGUCCAUUAAGAUGGAAAAUGGACAAAGCACUGCAGCUAAGCUGGGGCUUCCUCCCCUCACACCAGAACAGCAGGAAGCUCUCCAGAAAGCAAAGAAGUAUGCGAUGGAGCAGAGUAUCAAGAGUGUGCUGGUGAAGCAAACCAUCGCCCACCAGCAACAGCAGCUCACCAACCUUCAGAUGGCAGCAGUGACAAUGGGCUUUGGAGAUCCUCUCUCACCUUUACAAUCGAUGGCAGCUCAGAGGCAGCGCGCCCUGGCCAUCAUGUGUCGUGUAUAUGUGGGCUCCAUAUACUACGAACUGGGAGAAGAUACCAUUCGCCAGGCCUUUGCCCCAUUUGGACCUAUAAAAAGCAUUGAUAUGUCCUGGGACUCUGUUACGAUGAAACACAAGGGUUUUGCUUUUGUGGAAUAUGAGGUACCUGAAGCCGCUCAGCUGGCCUUGGAGCAGAUGAAUUCUGUCAUGCUGGGGGGAAGAAAUAUAAAGGUUGGGAGACCCAGUAAUAUAGGUCAGGCGCAACCAAUUAUAGACCAGCUAGCAGAAGAGGCACGGGCUUUCAACCGCAUCUAUGUGGCAUCUGUGCAUCAGGACCUUUCAGAUGAUGACAUCAAGAGCGUGUUUGAGGCCUUUGGGAAGAUUAAAUCCUGCACGCUAGCCAGGGAUCCUACGACAGGAAAACACAAAGGCUAUGGUUUCAUCGAAUAUGAGAAAGCACAGUCUUCUCAAGAUGCUGUUUCCUCUAUGAACCUCUUCGACCUCGGGGGUCAGUAUCUCCGAGUGGGUAAAGCUGUGACUCCGCCGAUGCCUCUCCUGACACCCGCUACGCCAGGAGGAUUACCCCCAGCGGCGGCGCCUGCCACAGCAAAGAUCACCGCACAGGAAGCAGUGGCGGGAGCUGCGGUUCUCGGCACUUUGGCAACCCCUGGGCUGGUAUCUCCGGCGCUGACUCUGGCCCAGCCGUUAGGGGCGUUGCCGCAGGCUGUCAUGGCAGCACAGGCGCCCGGAGUCAUUACAGGUGUAACCCCUGCCCGACCUCCCAUCCCUGUCACUAUUCCACAAGUGGGAGUUGUGAAUCCUAUCCUGGCUAGUCCCCCAGCAUUGGGCCUGAUGGAGGUCAAAAAGGAGAAGGAAGAAGAGGAGGUAUUCCAGGAGUCGGAGAGGCCAGAGAUGCUGAGUGAACAGGAACACAUGAGCAUAUCUGGCAGCAGUGCCCGUCACAUGGUGAUGCAGAAAUUGCUUCGUAAACAGGAGUCCACUGUGAUGGUGCUUCGCAACAUGGUGGAUCCAAAGGACAUUGAUGAUGACCUAGAGGGAGAAGUGACAGAAGAAUGUGGCAAAUUUGGGGCUGUAAACAGGGUCAUCAUCUACCAGGAGAAGCAAGGAGAAGAGGAGGAUGCUGAGAUCAUUGUCAAGAUUUUUGUGGAGUUCUCCAUGGCGUCAGAGACUCACAAAGCCAUUCAGGCUCUGAACGGGCGCUGGUUUGCGGGGAGAAAGGUGGUAGCAGAGGUGUAUGACCAGGAGAGAUUUGAUAACAGUGACCUGUCAGCAUGAACUCUACUUGAAAGACUUCGCCCCUGCCCCCUCUGCCUGUCUGGGUUUUUUUUUUUAGCCAUGUGUAAAGAACGCUCCAGGGUGGGCACAGAUCUCUGUGAUGUACUCGUAGUUUGGAUAAAAGCGCAAAGAAAGCUGGUGUGCAUCUGUGUGUGUGUUGAAGGGGCUGGCAUCCCGUCAGCUGAGUCUGGCAUGCGUCUGGCCUCACCCACCUAGAAGAGCCUGAAGAGGGGUUGCUGCUUGUGCUCCUGCCUUACACUUGGUCACUUCAGAAACGCUCAGGUCAAGAUCCCACUGCACCUUUUAGGGGCUGGAAUAGCCGUUUUCUCCAGAGAUUGGAGGGGAGAGUCUCUUCAUGAAGUAUUGCAGCAGCACCCCUGAGUGCUGCUGUCUUAACAAGGGGGAGCGUAGCUUGUUUUUUUUCCUGCUGAGGGCCUGCAUGUUCAGCUUGGACUCAGGAGCCCAAACAUGGGUCAGAGCUGGCCCUUUCAGAGUGUUCACGUCCUGUUCUGACACCACAGUUUGGACCUCACAGUUUUAUUGAUGGGUCAGAAUUACCCUCACUGAUCCCUCCUUAAUGUGCCAAAACAUGGACAGCAAGUCAGGCUGCAGGCAUCACAGCUGGGUUGAGAGAGAGAGAGUAGUGCUGAUUUGCAGCACCUGGAGUGCAUGUAGGAGACGAACAUCUAGCCCUUGUACUAUGGACAGUGGUAUGGAACACGUGCCUCGCCCAGAAGGGGAGUUUGGGGCUUUUUUGUUGAGGACCCAAAGCUUUAACAAUAGUUAGAAAGCUUAAACGCAUUUAUUUUAGUAAUCUUUCUGUCUAGAUACAGAGUAGGAACAGAAUUAGCUCGCGUUAAUGAUCUUAAUAUUUUAGGUAUGUAAAGGGCUACUCUAUUGCUUGUUAUGCAUAGCUGGUACAUGUACAGAUCUGAAGAAAAUCGGUUUAGUUUAGAAAUUCACAUAAGGGAAGAACGAUCUCAGAGGAGCAUUGGUAGGGAAUUCUGAGUUGAGCCCGCAGCUGUGGGUUGCUUCUAAGCUUGGAGAUGUUUUUAAAAUUAAACUUUUGUAUUUUGUUUCAAACACUCAAAAGAACCCUUCUAUUGCAGGUUACAAAUUUGUAUUUGCAGUUUAACUUUAUUUAUCAUUCAUCUGUGUUUGCUUCUUUUUGUACUAACAUUGCCUGUUGGCUGAAAUAACCUUUCUUUCUCCCUGUUUUUGUACCCAUUCCAAGUCAAGAGCAAGCCUGUCGUUUUCAGCAUGUGUUUUGAUAGCCAGUGUCUCUUGGGCUCAGCCUGCUCUCUCCCUGGUCGUCUGCCCAAGCAGCCUUUCUUUGGAUUUGUUAGCCUGAAUUUCCUUUUCUUGGAAGCAGUUGAUGAGACCUGCUGCACAUACGGUGUAAUGGCAUUUGUCCUUCAUCUGUGCUGGAGAUCCUGUGCCACCUGUGAUCCCACUGACCACACUGGUAGCUCACUGUUGUGCCAGUUUUGCAACGCAGCAUGGCUGCUUUGCUGCUUUUGUUUGUGAUGCAGGAGAAAAAUCACUAUUUUUAAUUGUUCCAGGGUUUUAUUAUUCCUACUAAAGAAAACCAAAGCACCUCUCCCAUGACUUGGUUGGUCUCUCUAGCUUCCAUUUUCUGCUCUUUGCUCCUGUUCCUUUGGCUGGAUUUAGGAGUAUAAAGACUGCAUUAGAAGUUUCUUUGUGGUGUUCAUGGUUUAAAAACCCAAAGUGGAUGAAAGUUGAUGCAAGGGGAAAGCGUAGGUUAAAGAAUGACAGCCUAAGUGUGAAGAAGUUUUUGUGCACAAUCAAUCAUACUUGGCUGACAAGGUGAUGCUUUACAAAAGUAACUUGAUAAAUGUCUUGAGAAGCCAAACGUCUGACAAAAGAUCGUCUAUCGUGACUUGUGUGGCCUGUGACAGUCCUCCAUAAUACCCUUGUAACUCAACUGGAGAGAGAUGGGUCUGGUGGAUGAACUAAUGGCUAAGGAAUGGCUGGAUGGCUGCAUCCGAAGAGUUGCAGUCAACAGCUUCGUGUCAGAAUGGAGACUGGUAAUGAGUAGUGUCCCUCGGGGGGCCACAGUGGGACUGAUGCUGUAUGGUAUUGUCAUUCUGGACAGAGAGCGGGAUUGAGUGCACCCACAGCAAGGUUGCAGGUGGCACCAAGCUGAGUGCUGCAGUGGGUAGACAGAUGGGAUGGGAUGCCACCCAGAGGGACCUUGACAGGCUGGAGGAGUGGGCUCAUG